CGUAGCCUUGCCCUGACUAAUAUGGCGGCUGAGUUGACGUCCGGUCUUAAAACUUGGUAACACGCAUGACGCAUGCGGCUUCUGCAAACAGGAAGCAGUCGACGACGUGACCCGGAAACAGGAAAGAGUCGCGAGGUAAGGUAACCCGUUCUCUUUUUGCGCGCACUACACGCUGGAAGGUUUUCUUUCCAAGCAUCGUCAAACUUGAACUUUUUCAGCGUUGCCGCAACUUAAGAGCAAAACAGUUUGACGCGGAGUGUGCUCGUCCGCAAAUCGAAUUCGUCCUCUUGGCAGUCGACUCAACUUCAGGAAGACCACCACAGAACCUCUCUUCUAGUUUUGCUGAUCAAUGGAGGCAGCAUUGCCAUUAUGUGGCCUGUCGCCUUUUCCCCCGGCAGACAAAGAGAGACGCUCAGCAGUUCCCAGUCCUGUCGAUAUCUCAACACCCAACAUGAAGAAGAAAAAAAAGAAGAAACGUUUAGAAGACGACCACAGCCUUCUUCUCACUGAUGGGCAAGCUCUCAAACAGAAGAAGAAAAGAGAAGAAGAAGAAGAAGAAGACAAGCACAUGCAUGAAAAGAAGGAGAGAGAAGAAAGAGAUGAAAUCAACAUGAUUCCUGCCGAUGGGUCUACGCGCAAACAGAAGAAGAAAAUCCGAGACGAAGAAAACCGAGUUGUUCCGGCUGUGGGCCUCACUGACCAGGAGACGAAGAAAAAGAAAACGCAAGACAAAGUAGAGGAUGAUAACGUCCUUCUUCCUGCCAGUGCCUACACCCAAAAGGAGAAGAAGAACCUGGAAGAAGCCCACAGUGUUUUUCCUGCUGACAAGAGCAGCCGGAAGAAGAGGAAAAGGCAAGAGGAAAAAGACGACAUCGACGACAGCGUCUCUACUGCUGAUGAGCUCGCCUGCAAAACGAAGAAGAGCAAGAAAAUAGAAGAAGCAGAAGAUGACGACGGUGUUCUUCUUGCUGACGUGCAGAAAGAGAAGAAGAAGAAGAAGAAGAAGGAAAAAAGACAAGAGGAAAACAUGCUUCCCGUUGACUCGGCCGCCAACAAGCACAAGAAGAAGAAGAAGAAACGAGACGACGAAGAUGAAGAAAGCAUCUUUCCCGCCGAUGCGCACACCCAGACGAAGCAAAGAACAGUGGAAGAAGAAGGUGGCAUCCUUCUGCCCGGCGUGCAAGAGACGGAGGAAAUGAUGAGAAUGGAGGAAGAGGAGGUUGCCGCGGCGACCGAAGAAAUCAAUGGGUCCGAGGCGAGGGACGGCCCCGUCUCCCUGGAAACGGACGCAACCGUCAUCGGUGACGACGAUGACGUGCUUUCCCCAGUUUUGGUGGCGCAGUUGGAAGAGUUUGUCCCUAACGUGAGGACGAGGCCCUUGAGGGAGAUCAGGAAGUUGCUGCAUCACGACCUGCACCGCUUCCAAAUCUUCAAGGAGCAAGGCCUGCAAAUCCGUUGGGGGCGCUUCACUCGGGAGGAGAACCAGCGAAUCCGAGACAACAUGGCGCACCUCCUAUCCGUGACGGGCAUCGCCUCCACCGAACAGCUUCUCUUCCCGCACCGCUACAAGGACCUGGAGGCAGAAAUCAGGAAGCUGAAAAAGCAACAUAGCUUCAUCGAGGCCAUCGCCGAGGGAAUCCCCAGGCCGUGCAGGCAGGUUUUGACGCGUGCUUUGAAGCUCGACACCACGAACCACAUGGGAAAGUUCUCCGAGGAGGAGCUCCAGCAUCUGAUCAAGUUACAGAAGAUCCACGGCAACGAUUGGAGCAUCAUCGCCAAGAAGAUGGGCCGCAGCAAGUUCGCCUUGCAGAAACGCUUCGCCCAAACGUCGUCGGGUCGAGGCACUUGGACGUCGGAGGAGGAGGCCAGGCUGAAGGAGGCUGUCAAGGCUCACCUGGAGGUCAUGGCUCGACCAAGCUCGGCCGAUUCCAAGGACGGCCAGUUGACGCUGCGGCAGCUCUGCCAACGUUUGCCCUGGAUGGAGAUCAGCCAGUACGUGCGCACCCGAAACUGGAAUCAGUGUCGCCUGAAGUGGUUCAGUGUCCUGAGGUACCGACUGGCUGAGAAAACCCACAGGAAAAGUCCUAAAGGACUGAGGAUCAAAAUCCAGCUGAUCAGCACGUUGUACGCUUUGAAUAUUGAGGACGCCCGGGACAUCGAUUGGGAGGAGGUUUCUGAGAUCGUGGGCGGCGUGACUCCGGUUUGUGUCCAGAAGCUUUUCCGAAGCCUCAAAGUCUGCUACGUUCCCGGCUGGUCUCAGCUUUCCUACGGAGAGAUCAUCGACUUCCUGCAGGACCGCGUGGCGCCCCGGCUCCAAGACCAGCUGUGUCGCUACAGCCAAUACGUGGAGGAGGACGAGGCAGAGGAGCAACUACCCCCAAACGACUCGUACGCUCUCUUCGACAUCUUCACGUCCGGAGAAGACGGCGACUUUGUGGAAGUGGAUAACACUCAGCGAAGCAAACGCCGAUCGGACCGCUGGCUCGAAUGUGCGCCGAUUCCUUUCGAGGAAGUCACCCAAACCACGGGCGACGACGCUCAGCCUAACGGCCAAUCGGAACCUCUGACGUCAGACACGUGAACUCAGUUGAAACACCGCCAGUUGCAACGCUUGUUUGAAUGUGCACCAACCACUCACCCUGAGCAAGUGACAUCAUACUGACUUUUUUUUUAAUCUGUCUCAGUUCCAUGAACUGUUUUAAGUGUCCCCAGUGUGAGAGCUCCCUUCGCUUUCCUCACCGGAUUCAGGAAAUGCAUCUGAUACGCAGCCAUCUGUAGUUCAUACAGCUUGUUCUCAUUCGCUCAGUGCAGCUUGAGCGAGAGUUGGGACUGGCUAAAAUAAAGGCGAUGCG